CACACAGCAAGAGGGGCACAGCAGCCCGGCUAUAAGCAAGGGAGCCCGGGCCACAGCAAGAUAUCUGGACAUUGGAACGCAUCUCCUCCCUGCAGAGCAUUGAUCCCGAUCUGCAGAGCACAGCUAUAACCGGGACUGCAGAGCAGCCAAGCCUCACCUGGAUUGUGGAGCAGUCACUGUGGAAACAGUCUCCCUCCUGCUCCAACGUUACGCCAAAGUUUAGGACUUUCACAUCAAUACAUUUACCACUGAAAAGUUUCCAAAAUGACAGCAGAGAUCCAGCAGCCACCAACGCAGCCCCCUGCCCAGAGCAGCCCCAUGUCAGCAGCUCCAGAGAAGCACAGUGGGCAAACAUCUGUAAUGGAAUCGGCUGCAUGUGCCACCAAGACCAAAAAGACCAACGCUGGCAUCAGGAGGCCGGAGAAGCCCCCAUAUUCCUACAUAGCCCUGAUCGUCAUGGCCAUCCAGAGCUCGCCCACCAAGCGGCUGACCCUCAGUGAAAUCUACCAGUUCCUCCAGAGCCGCUUUCCCUUCUUUAGGGGAUCCUACCAGGGCUGGAAGAACUCUGUCAGGCACAACCUGUCCCUCAAUGAGUGCUUCAUCAAACUGCCCAAAGGCCUUGGCCGCCCUGGCAAAGGGCACUACUGGACCAUUGACCCCGCCAGUGAGUUCAUGUUUGAGGAAGGUUCCUUCAGGAGAAGACCCAGGGGCUUUAGAAGAAAAUGCCAAGCUCUUAAACCAAUGUACAGCAUGAUGAACGGCCUGGGCUUCAACCACAUUCCAGAUACCUACAGCUUCCAGGGAUCUGCUGGGACCAUCUCUUGCCCACCCAACAGCCUUUCACUAGACAGUGGCAUAGGGAUGAUGAAUGGUCAUUUGUCCAGUAACGUGGAUGGGAUGGGGUUAAGCGGACACCCACAUCUGACUGCCAAUGGUGGUCAUUCUUACAUGGGCAGUUGUACAGGGUCCACAGGAGGUGAAUACCCCCACCAUGACUCUGGCUCCCCUCUACUCGGAGGGGGAGCAGUAAUGGAACCUCAUUCUGUGUACUCAAGUCCUGCAUCAGCCUGGGCACCAACCUCUACUGCCCUCACUGGAGGCGCCCCCUAUAUUAAGCAACAGCCCCUGUCACCCUGCAACUCUGCCAACAACCCCCUGUCCUCCAGCCUCUCCUCACACUCCCUGGAGCAGCCAUACCUCCACCAGAAUAGCCACAACACAGCAUCAGACUUACAAGGUGUCCCCAGGUACCACUCCCAGUCCCCCAGCAUGAAUGACAGGAAGGAGUUUGUCUUCUCUUUCAAUGCCAUGGCCUCCUCCAUGCAUGGGGGCAGCGGCUCCUACUACCACCAGCAGGUCAGCUACCAGGACAUCAAGCCCUGUGUAAUGUGAGGAACCCCAGACCACUGAGCACCUCCAGAGCCAGGACUGCAUCUGGGCAUAUUACUGA